AUGGAGCAACCCAUUAUCAGUGCUUCUUUCUUUGAUGAAGAAUGGGAACCUUUGAGCAAAAUCUUUGCUAUUGAUCAUCAAGAAGCUGAUUUCAUGCUGCAGCUGCAUGGUGGUCAUCACCACCAUGAAUUGCUGUCAACAAAUGGCAGCUGUGAUGAUCAUGUUUACGAGGCGGCGCCGACGAGCAUAUGGCCAAUCAUGAACCAUGUUAGCAUGGAGAAUUUUGCUGGUUUCGGGGUUGGGGAUCAGGAGAGUUCUUUUCUAGCUGGUUAUGAUGAUACUAACUACCAACAUGUUUCUCAAGAAAGUAGCUAUAGUACUAAUAGUGGAAGUGACAAUAAUAGUGUUAGUCUAUCUAAUCUGAUGAGUCAAGGGUUUCACCUGACUAAUGAUCACAUCAAUAUUUUUCAUGUACUAAAUCAUCAUCAUCAUCAUCAUGACUCUUCUUCUAACCAGUCCAUGGAGCUUUGUGCCAUGGAAGAGAAAAAUGACAACAGUGCAGUUAUCAGUGAUGCUGUCAUGACAGACAACAUUGUUUCUCCAAGAGAAGGUCAUGAGAUGGACAAGGGAAUUGCAGAGAAUCAGCCUGCAAUUGCUGAUUCAGGCAGAGAAUUGCAGCUCAAGAGGAAGCUUGGUAAAGCUGAAAACCAGACAACUGAAGCUGAAGAGGAACCAAACAAUGAUGAACCCGUCGAAAGUCCUAAGAAGAAACCUAGAGUUCCAAGAAAUAAUGCUCAGAAAAGUAAAAAGAAUGCUCAGCCAAAACCCAAAAAGAACCAAAAGGCCGCCCAAACUUGCAAGGAUGAAGAGGAGACUAAUGCUACACAGAAUAAUGGACAAAGCAGCUGCUCUUACAGCUCAGAAGAUGACUCAAAUGCUUCUCAGGAAUCAAAUGGAGGAGGUGAAGGUUCCGAAAACAAAGAGCCAGCCCUUAACUUGAAUGGCAAAGCCAGAGCCAGCAGAGGCUCCGCAACUGAUCCACAAAGCCUUUAUGCUAGGAGAAGAAGAGAAAGGAUCAAUGAGAGAUUGAGAAUCUUGCAAAAUCUCAUCCCAAAUGGAACCAAGGUUGACAUUAGCACAAUGCUUGAAGAAGCAGUUCACUAUGUCAAAUUCUUGCAGCUUCAGAUUAAGUUAUUGAGCUCAGAUGAUAUGUGGAUGUACGCACCAAUAGUUUACAAUGGACUUGACAUUGGUCUCUACGGAAGGAUGCUCCCAACCCAAUGAUGAUCCAUACAGCAGCAAGCUUUAUGCAUGGAUUUUACUUUAAUUAGUCUUCAAUUAUUUUUGGUCUUUUUUAAAAUUCUUUUAUUUUGCGGCCAAGGGAGAAAAAAAAAACACAACAAACGUAGAGAAAGACAAAAGAAGAGAUCGAAACGAACCUAAAAUCUGACUUGUAAUUCCUUCUCACAAUCUCAUGUUUUGUGAUAGACAAAAUAACGUAUACUAGAUAUAGCAUUUUCUAAAUUAUUGCGUACUUUCUCCGUCCUAAAAUAAUGUCUAAUGGGACAUUUAUUUUAGAACGGAGAGAGUAUAAUGCAUGUACUAUAUACUUGCACUGUUGCACAUGGUGUACUGGAAAUGGUACUUUCCCCCGUUCCAAAG